CUUUCUCUGGCAGUCCUGGCCGGAGUUUCAGUGGCUGUUAAAAUACCUUUCAUUCAAUCAAGGCACACGACCUUACAGCGACGAAGUGGUGGCACAGACGUUUCAGUGUCGCACCCACAAGUUCUGUCUUCGGUCUCCACUGCGCUUACUCUCAAGCAAGUUAUAUCUUCAUUAUCCAAUAGUGACGUUCACGAUCUCAUUUAUAUGGCAAAUGUUACCCUUGGUGGUGUUGAUUAUCUGGUCCAACUUGACACUGGCUCUUCUGACCUGUGGGUCCUCAACAGUCCAACACCAAUCCCUAAUGCAAACAUUACAUCCCAGAACUAUAAUCUGACUUAUGGCAUCGGUUGGGCAUAUGGGAGUGUUUCCUAUGUCAAUGCCGAGUUUGCAGGGAUAUCCGUUCCUUCCCAAGCUUUUCUUGACGUCUCGUCUGCGCAAAACCCGGCAUUAUCCUACGGAGCUAUUGGAAUUCUAGGGCUAGGUUUUGACUCAUUAUCGAGUAUAGAUGCCCUCGUGAACUCCACUGGCGCGUCGACCGGCCGCACCCUCCUCUACAAUCUUUUCCAGGACAAUCCUUCCGAACCCAAUUUUAUUGCAUUUUCCCUGCAGAGUACAUCAGAUGACGAUCAAGUUACAGGCAGCUUCGCAAUUGGCGAGACUGAGCCUCAAUAUUCAAAUGUCACAAGUACAAACAAAAUCCCAACUUGGCCCGUAGACUCUCCAACGCGUUGGAAUGUGUUGUUGGACUCGUUCAUUGUUGGCACAGAGACCUAUUCAGUUUCCACUGGCGUGCAGGGCGCGCCAUCGAACAAGGCAGUCGUUCUUCUGGAUAGCGGAACGUCGUAUACAUACGCGCCUACUGAUGUGUGUCAAUCCAUUUAUGGCGGUGUAUCUGGGGCUCAGUAUAACUCUGGCCUUGGGCAAUGGAUCGUCCCUUGCGACGCAGAAAUAGAUAUGGCGCUUCAGUUUGAUAAUCAAAUCUUCCCGAUAAAUCCCCUCGACGUUUCACCAACGAGUUUGAGCGAUCCUUCAACCUGUGUCGGCUCUUUUAUACCCCAAAGUGUUUCCGUUGGGGCUGGCCAAUUUGAUUGGUUGAUAGGCGACAACGUUUUGCGUUCAGUCUAUACAGUGUACGACUUUGGCGACUUCGUUUCAAUGGGGACUAUGGGCAACCCUUACGUCCAAAUGCUCUCCCUGGUCGAUCCUGACCAGGCAUCGGUGGAGUUCCACGAUGUCCGGGGUGGAACGCCACUGAAUAACAUUACUUACAACGUUUCAAGCGGUGAUUCCGGAUCAACAACCGUGACGUUGUCCACGGAUGUAGCAGACACUAUUGACCAGCUCUCCAAAUACCUCCCCGCCAUGCUUGGCGUUAUGGCUCUUAAUGCUCUCGUUUUGGUCAUUCUUUCCAUCGUCGCCCUUGUCCUGCUGUGCAGACGUCGAGGGAGGGGCGCGCGAGCGCGCAAGACACCCGGAAGACUAAGUCCCAUGCCGAUGAACAUUACCACGACAAGGUAUCCCGGGUAUCCCGAUUAUGUGAACCCUCAAGAGCCACACACAUAUCAACCUGUCUCAAUGGCAUUAACUGAAGACACACUUUUCGCUCCUCCAUCGCCUGCCUUUAAAGGGGAGUCAAGACCUGGAGACCGCCCAAACUCAGUCGCAUAGUGAACUGAUAACACCUCUCAUACUCCCCUUCCGUCACUAUAUCAUGACUGUGCUCUAUCCGUUCUCAUGUACUUAUGCAAAUGUUGUGGGGCUUCUGUAGUAGUCUCGCGGACAACGGA